ACACUCCAUCCACACACAUGAUUAUUAUUGUAAACAAAUUUCCAGCAAAAUUCCACCACUAUCACUCUUGUGCCCCCCACUACCUUAAACGUUCCGAUCACCACCUUUCACGUUUCAAAAACCCCUCAUUUGUUACUUCUGUUCCUCACAAAUCCCAACUUCUUCAUCUCUUACCCAUAACUCCCAAAAACCACUCUGCAAAACACUGCACACUGCUUUGCUUCUCUCUCCAUUAAUGCCCUUUUGUUUUCCUCUAUGGACCCACCUUUCUCCCUUCCUCACCCUCACUGUUCAACACAGCCCCACAUCUUUUAAACGUUCACCACCCAUGAACGAAUGAAUGUAUGUGUGUGUGUGUGCUCUCUUCCUACCCAGCGAGAUGAGCAAGAACGUUUCUCCAAAGGAUUCGGGCGACAACUCCGUGACCCACUUUGAUUUUCUCAAGAAAUUUAAACGCUUUUCCCCUCUCGACUCUUCUCUUGGAGUUCUCGUUUUCUUCUUCGUCGCUUCUCUCUUCGUUGCUUGCUUCUUCUACUUGGAUUACAAAGGGUUCCGCUCCCGAGCCACCACCAUCCUUGACUUCGAUUUUUCAUCAUCCUCAACUUCUUCUGUUACUUCCUCUUCUGUUACUUUUUCUUCUGCUUCCUCUCGCCCGGUUCAGUUUCUGAGCCCAGAGGGUGAUGCCUGUGAUGUCUUUGAUGGGAAUUGGGUUUGGGAUGAGACUUACCCCCUUUACAAUUCCGCUAACUGUUCCUUCAUGGAUCAAGGUUUUCGCUGCUCCGAGAAUGGCAGGCCUGACACUUUCUACACUAAGUGGCGAUGGCAGCCCAAAGAUUGCAACUUGCCCAGAUUUGAUGCAGGGAAGAUGUUGGAAAAGCUACGGAACAAGAGACUGGUUUUUGUUGGUGAUUCAAUUGGAAGGAACCAAUGGGAAUCACUCCUUUGUAUGCUCUCUUCGGUAAUUCCAAACAAGGCUAGGGUGUACGAGGUUAAUGGGAGCCCAAUUACAAAGCACACAGGCUUCUUGGCAUUCAAGUUUGAAGAUUUCAACUGCACCAUUGAAUACUAUAGAUCACCGUAUCUUGUAGUGCAGGGAAGACCUCCUUCUGGUGCACCUGAUGGGGUGAGAAUGACUCUGAGAUUGGAUCAAAUGGACUGGAUUUCACAUAAGUGGAGAGAUGCAGAUGUGCUGGUUCUCAAUGCUGGACAUUGGUGGAACUAUGAGAAGACUGUCAAAAUGGGCUGUUACUUCCAAAUAGGGGAGAAAGUGAAGAUGAAUAUGACUACAGAAGAAGCAUUCAGGAAAUCAAUGGAGACAGUAGUUCAUUGGAUAGCAAAUGAAGUAAACAUAAACAAAACUUACGUCCUUUUCCGAACUUACGCUCCUGUCCAUUUCAGGGGUGGUGACUGGAACACUGGCGGUGGUUGUCACAUGGAAACAUUACCUGAUUUAGGUUCCUUGCCAGCAGCAUCCGACAUCCAUUUCAGAACCGUCGUUGAUGUCUUGUCAGAACUCAAAAAUAAAUCAAAGUUCUUGAAUCCGGACUUGCUUAAUGUGACACAAUUGUCAACUCGCCGGAGAGAUGGCCAUGCAUCCAUUUACUAUCUCGGACCAGAUGGUACGGCGCCAAUGCAGCGGCAAGAUUGUAGCCAUUGGUGCCUACCUGGUGUUCCCGAUUCAUGGAAUGAGCUUCUUUAUGCUCUUCUUCUCAAGAGGGAGGAAUUUCGGGAACAGAGACAGAACACCACAAAUGUUUCUCAAGUUCCACUAUAAUUGACCUAUACAAUGUUAUGAGUUAUACACAAAUCAGUGACAACCCUUUUUGAGCGAGGUGAAGCUGCAAGUUGAGUUUGGCGUUGGUGCACCUAACUUUUUGUUAGUUUGCUUGAUGUUACAGAAUUUUAUUCUUGGCAACCAAAGAAAUUUAUAUGUUUUAAUUUCCUACAAAGUGAUUGUUUGACCCUCUUUGUAGGGUCUGCCAUUGUAGGUGAACAUAUCUAGAUGGGAUGGGAACUGAAUUUUGGAUGGUGAGUUUCAGGGAUAUCUUGUACAAAAAAGAAAAAAUAACAGCUGAGAUUCAAACCUGAUGAUUAGAAGUCAUACAAAUUUUUUCUUUUUGUAAAUUUCAUAUGAUCCAUGAUGUUGCUGGUUGUACAUUGUAUAUAACAGGAUUUUCAAACCUUUUAUUGUUUGUUGUUAUUUAUAUAGGCAAAUACUUCAGAGUAA